UGUGAGUGGGAAAAAAAGAGAGAGAGUUGAUGUGGGAAUGAGGGAAAGAGGGAGUGUGUCUGUGAGAGAGGGUGUGAGUGUGUGUGUGUGAGAGAGAGAGCGAGAGAGGGAGAGUACUCCCAGCACAGUCUGAUCAGUGUUUAUGUCUCCUUCUUGCUAUGUGGAUUACAGCUCCCACUGCUUACUGGAUUCCCCUUCUCAUCACUGGAAACUAACACUGAACCAGCAAAGAAGAUUUUAUUGGAGUAUUAGAAGUUGUGACAGUUAGUUACUUUAAUAUAGGUGUUAGGUAGAUUUCUGCACUUAAUUCAAGGUGUUGUAGAGUAUGGAGAUUAACGGUCGUGCCUUGCCACCAUCAAUACCUGAGGAUAGGGAAGCUGUGGAUGUUCCUCAUGGGGAGAUGAAUGGUUACCACCAGAGGCUUCAGGAUGGGGACGGGGGAGAGGCUGAGGUUCCGGUGUCCAAGUCCCAGAGGCGGAAGAGCGAUGUCAAAGUCUAUAAGGAGUUUUGUGAUUUUUACGCUCGCUUCAACAUGGCCAACGCUCUGGCCAAUGCCAUGUGUGAGCGCUGCAAAAGUGGCUUUGCCCCAGCAGAGAAGAUAGUGAACAGUAAUGGGGAACUGUACCAUGAGCAGUGCUUUGUGUGCGCCCAGUGUUUCCAACAGUUCCCAGAGGGACUCUUCUACGAGUUUGAAGGCAGGAAAUACUGUGAACAUGACUUCCAGAUGCUGUUCGCUCCUUGCUGCCACCAAUGUGGUGAAUUCAUCAUCGGCCGCGUGAUCAAGGCCAUGAACAACAGCUGGCAUCCAGACUGUUUCUGCUGUGAUAUCUGCCAGGCUGUGCUCGCCGAUGUUGGUUUCGUUAAGAAUGCUGGAAGGCACCUGUGUCGUCCAUGUCACAACCGAGAGAAAGCUCGAGGCCUUGGCAAGUACAUCUGUCAGAAGUGUCACGCAAUUAUUGACGAGCAGCCUCUGCUGUUCAAGAAUGACCCGUACCACCCUGAUCACUUCAACUGCAACAACUGCGGUAAGGAGCUGACUGCUGAUGCCAGGGAGCUCAAGGGGGAGCUCUACUGUCUGCCCUGCCAUGACAAGAUGGGUGUCCCCAUCUGCGGGGCCUGUAGGAGACCUAUCGAGGGCCGUGUGGUCAAUGCCAUGGGCAAGCAGUGGCAUGUGGAGCAUUUUGUGUGUGCUAAGUGUGAGAAACCCUUCCUGGGACACCGUCACUACGAACGCAAGGGCCUGGCCUACUGCGAAACGCACUACAACCAGCUCUUUGGAGACGUUUGCUACCACUGCAACCGUGUUAUCGAAGGAGAUGUGGUGUCUGCUCUUAACAAGGCUUGGUGUGUCAACUGUUUCGCCUGCUCUACCUGCAACACCAAGCUGACCCUCAAGAACAAGUUUGUGGAGUUUGACAUGAAGCCAGUUUGUAAGAAGUGCUAUGAGAAAUUCCCUCUGGAGCUGAAGAAGAGACUGAAGAAGCUCUCUGAAACUGUUGCACGGAAGUAAACGUGCGGUCAAGCUGCAGGGGGGGAUGAGGCCGCGAGGUGGCCAUGCAUGGACGAAGUCACAUUUCCAGAAUUGACAAUCGUAUAAGAAAGAAAUUGUGCUUUUAAUAUCAUUGGUAUUUUAAAUUUAAGUUGGCUUAUUUCAGUGGAACACUCCACUUGUUGUCCUCUCAGUUACAGCUGCAAAGCACUGAGGAUCAUUUCAUGAGCCCGACACUGACAGAUUGUUGGUCAGUCAGUAGCUUUAACUUUAAUCUAUUCAGCUCCUUUUGGCUCAAAUGCUGCACUGUACAUUUUUCAUUUGCUUGCCUUAUUUCACUGCUUUCACUGCUCAAAUGACAAUGGACGAGCUUUAAGAGAACACUGAAACAUGGGGAUAAUAUAACUGCUAAAAAGCUGUGUUGACAGGUUGUUCAGCUGUUUGCCAAGUUGUCUCAUGAUGCCAAAAAAUCUGUCUCCUGUUGGACUUACAGUAUGUUACUGAUACUCUUGUAUAAUAUUAGAGUAAACCCAAACCAAGUUGGAAAGAAAAUGCAGUUGUAAUGUGUAUAUAAUAUCUCUAAUAUUUCAUGUUUUCCACCAACAUGUAUUAUUUUAUCUAUUACUUAUGUGUAUGUUAUGUAAUAUUAUGCAAAAUAAGUUUGUGUUUAGCUCUAUAAAAUAAGAUUUUUUUUUUUUUUUUUUGCAUCAACAGUUUCUUGACAUCAUACUGUACCUCAAUGCUACAGUGAUGGACUGAACCAUCACCUGGAGUAUGUUGGAUUGCCUUGUUACAUUCUAUGCAUUUCAUGUGUGAAACAAUCUCUAUGCCAAGUUGUAUUUACACUGAGUUACCAGUUUAUAAGGUUGACUUUUACAAUCCAAAAUAAUCCAACGUAAUCACCCAGAAAUAAAACACAAGCUAAUAAUGUUCUGUUUUUGUUUUAUCAACCCUCAGUCACCUGACAGUGACAGAAUAUUAGAAACACCUUUCAAAGAAAUGUGGGUCAAUUCAACACCAGAGCUUCAGCUUUAAAAUUAUUGUAGAGAUUAAUCAACACCUCUGACAUGCUGUCAACAAAUACUGAAUAUCCUAAGCUUCACAGUGACAGCUUUUAUUGCAUGACAACUGGUAACUGUGUGUGUUACAACAUGAUGGCUUGUGGCAUGUGCAGAGAGUAAUGUUAGAUGUUAGAACAUGCGUCUCUGCUGUUUGUAAUCCAGAGAAAGUGAUCCUCUUAGGGAGGUGCACCAACCUCCUCAGGGCUCAGACCCUCUUAGGAAAGAAAUCCAACUGUUGUGAAUGGGAAAGAAUCAUUUCUGUUUCUGCAAUGUUUCACUCAAGCAGUAUUUAAUUAUAGAAAGCUUAUCUUUUACAUAGUACUUUGAUAGAAAGACACAUUCCAUUAGUUUAUGGAAAUAUAAAGCCUAUGUUACUGUUAUGAAUUUCACCACCUAAGCCACAGCAUUUCUCAUAUUUCACAUAGUAAAACUAUCCUUUGGGCUGUUGUGAAGCAGAACUUCAGCUCCACUAAAAAUAGUCCAGUAGAUAGUUUUAUUUGAUCUCUUUCUACCUGGGUGACUGAGAUGACUCUACUGCUCUUAUACUGUAUUUUAUCUUCACAUUGCUUAUCAAGGGACAAUAUUUCCCCAUGUUAACACACCAAAGUGCAUGUUUUAGACUUGAAUGGAAAGCUAUUUUAACUAUAUCUAAGAUAAUUCUGUCAGUUCAUCCAAAUAAAUAUGUAAAUCAA